AUGGCCAUAAUUCAAGCAAGUCUCCAAGAUACAAGCGAAGGAAACACCGAGGAGGCUGGAAGGCUACUGGGCAGCAAGAAUGUCCGUGUCAAUUGCUUGGAUGAGCAUGGCAUGACCCCUCUAAUGCAUGCAGCGUACAAAGGGAAAAUAGACAUGUGCAGGCUGCUCUUGCGACAUGGGGCUGAUGUUAACUGCAAUGAACAUGAGCAUGGAUAUACUGCCUUGAUGUUUGCUGGACUUUCAGGAAACAAAGAAAUCACCUGGAUGAUGUUAGAUGCUGGAGCAGAGACUGAUGUUGUCAACUCUGUGGGAAGGACAGCAGCUCAGAUGGCUGCUUUUGUGGGUCAACAUGACUGUGUGACCGUCAUCAACAACUUCUUUCCACGUGAAAGGCUGGACUACUAUACUAAACCACAAGGCUUAGAUAAAGAACCAAAGCUGCCAGUAAAAUUAGCUGGGCCUCUACAUAAAAUUAUUACUACUACUAACAUGCAUCCUGUUAAGAUUGUGUUGCUGGUAAAAGAGAACCCUCUAUUGGCCGAAGUAGAAGCACUGCAGAGAUGUUAUAGGGUUCUGGAUCUAAUUUGUGAGAAAUGUAUGAAGCAGAAAGAUAUGAAUGAAGUACUUGCUAUGAAAAUGCACUACAUCAGUUGCAUCUUCCAGAAAUGUAUUACAUUCUUAAAAGAGCGAGAGGAUAAACUAGAUGGAUUUAUCAAAAGUCUCUUGAAAGGGAGAGAUAAAGAUGGUUUCCCUGUAUAUCAAGAGAAGCUAAUUCGAGAAAGUAUCCGAAAGUUUCCUUACUGUGAAGCUACGUUGCUCCAGCAGCUCGUGAGAAGUAUUGCUCCUGUUGAAAUAGGUUCCGAUCCUACAGCUUUUUCUGUACUUACACAAGCUAUUACUGGCCAAGUGGGUUUUGUGGAUGCUGAAUUCUGUACAACUUGUGGGGGAAAGGGAGCAGGCAAAAGAUGUUCAGUAUGUAAAAUGGUGAUGUACUGCGACCAGAACUGCCAGAAAAUACACUGGUUUACCCACAAAAAAGUCUGCAAGACCCUGAAGGAAAUUCAUGAGAAACAAGAACUAGAGGCUGCCAAAGAAAAAAGGAAACAAGAAAAAAAGCAAAAGAAAGAUGAAGUGCAACUAGUAGAGGGUAGUUCUACAAGUGAAGAACAGUCAGAUCCUGGUCCAGAUGCUACCAAAGAAGUGGAUCCAAAUCAUGCUACUGACCAAACGGAAGAACCUGAAUGUACCAAAGAGACAGAGGCACUAGCCCUGCAUCCUGAAAGUCCACUGGAAAGUGAGAAUGGUUUAGCUGACAUUGCUCUCCAAAAAAUUCAAGAUUCUGAGGAGUAAGAAGAGGGUAGAAAGGGACUAAGUGUUCUGGCUACGUUCCUGUACCUCAAGGGUCCUAAAGAAUUUUUUAUGCUGACCAUGUCUGAGUUCUUACAGCAUGGGUUAUGCAAGACUCCCUUUGAAAGACAGCAUGUCUCUGUUCAUGUUGAGAUGAAAUCUUGGCUAAUUUGUCUAUAAAUACUUCAGGUUCUGUUGUAGAUUGUCAAAAUAGGUAUUUAUUAUCUGAUAAAAACUAGUGGCAUAGAUCCAUCUGUACGUAUACCAACAGUAAGCAUAGUAAAAAUCUGUGAGUAUCUGUGGUUAAUCAGCCACUUAGUGAAAAAUAAAAAGCAUUUGAUUUGGAUUAUUCAUAUUUUCAGAACGUAAAAUCUAUUUUAAUUCUAAUUUAAAUAAUUUUUUCUGCAAGUACACAGAACUGUAGUUAAAAGCAUUGGGAAGCCAACUGUUAAAUUGCUUUUUUACACCACUUUAUGAAGCUUUAUCUGAAGGAAUUCAGUAGCAGUUAAGUUUCUGAAGAUAUUCAUCUGAACUCUCAACUUUUCAUGACAUUACUGUAAAUAUUUUUGACUAGUGAGUGCACACCAAUAGUGUCUAUUUUGUGGCAAUUUUAUUAAAUGAUACUGCUGUUUCAGAUGUCUCAAGCUGACUGUGAAAUGUGUGUUUCAACAGAAUUAUUUCACUGUUGGUUUAGUCAAAAAUAUUCCAAGUUUGUCAAAGUCUAAUGAAGGGAAGAACCAGAAUGAUUUAAAGUAUUUUGACUGACAAGAAUAAUGGUUUUUAAAUCUCAGCUUUCAGGUAAAGAUGCCUCAGAGCACACUGGGAUGUUGCUUAUGAAUUAUUUCAUAAACAUAAAAGAUGCUUAAUAUUGCUCCCGCUGAAUCUGGUCACAGUGAAUUAAAUGGGAGAAUUCAUGUGUGCAUUGAUAUAACUGGGAUUUCACCUAGGCUUUCAACUAAAUACCAUAUGUAGAAAAUAGUUUCCCUUAACUAUGCUGUUUUUACUCAGAUUUACUACUGUGUCUCAUGAAAUCAGUGGGAAUGCCACAACUGAAAAUAUUGCUUGCUGCAUAAGGAUGGCAAAAUUUGAGAUUAUCUAAUUGUUGGAUGAAUAAUUGGUGUUUUGAACGUGGCAAUAUCCUUCAACUUAGAGGAGUAAGGACCAUCCUCAGAGGAAACGGAGGAAAAAUGCUAUUAAUUUUUUACUAUUUAAUAUAUUGAAAGUUUUUGUUUAAUAUUCUGAAAACUGUAAGAGUGAGGACACAUAAAUGCACCUGUGCAGGGAAUGUAUCUGUGUUUUAAUUUCAAGGAUUAGUAAAUUGUGAAGAAUAAAGGGAAGUUUUUUAGAAGAAGGGAGCUGCGUGACAAUUCUGUUUACUGCAUCUGUAACGCCUGUUGGGACAUACGGUGAUGUUCCCAUUUGACACGCAUGGGCCUCCUGUAGCUCAGGUGUACAAGUUUAAUUUCAUGACAAUUGGCAAGCAAGAGAUGCGUGCCUGGAACUUAGAUACGGAGUCACGAUGUAGUCACCGUCCACUCUUGGAUCUGGGAAUGCAGAAGCGCUGCUGGUUCCCUAUUCUACACGUAGCAUUUGGGGCGCACUGAGAUGUGUUGCUCUUUAAGAUUUCUCUGAAAAUGCGAGCCCUUUAGGACAAAUGAUUCAGGAUUUUAGAAGUGUGGUAAAAUCCACAGCACAAAUCCUGCUUUCAUUCUGCCAGCCAAUGCUUUUCCUUGACAAAGAAGAAAAGCCCAAGCGAUGAUAGGAGAAAGUAUGAACAUUGGAAAUAGGUGUGAAGUGUGGGAUCUUUGACGCAGAUUAUGCAGUUGCGUUUGUUCUCAUUCUAACUUGAAAAGGCUUCAAAGUCAUUAUGAGCAGAGGCUGCCACACUUCCCUCUCUUUGCAGCGAGCCUCAGAGGAGAGCAAUUGCAAUCCAAGUUAGGGUCCCGGUGCACGCUGGCGCUCCAGAGCUACCUCUGCCUUCCUCAGCUUGAGCUGGCGACAGCUCUUCUGGUGGAAGAUCAUGGUUGAUAGGUCCUGCAUAAACCUGGGGUAACGACUAGCUCAUGCAUAAUCACGAAUUGGAGGAAACAUCUCAUGACGUUACUUAUAAGGAACUUAAAGUAGGAUGAAAAUCCAUACGCAAUUUACUGAUUCCUUAAGCAAGGUUUUAAGUGACAAGACAGCUGCGGAGUGCAAAGCCAACAGACAGACUCUUGCACCUUCAAGGGGGUGUGAUUCAAAAGACUUUUCUCCCCUCCACUAGGAAAAAUGGAAUUUUCACUUCAGCUGUUUUGCUGCAUAUAAGAGCAGAGCAGCUGUGAAUCUGUCUAGCUUGCUUCAUCACAGUUCUUGCUCCCUAGUUUACUUUUAUGCCAAGUGUUUUUUAAUAUCAACUCUGUUUUCACCCUGGGAAAUUUGAUUGAAUUAGGAAUAUAUAAAAGCUUCUGAAACUAUAUGAGCAUAUCUUCUAGUGAACUAAAUGUUGCAUGUUCAAAUCACUUUAGAUUUUUGAUGCAGGUAGAUUUUCUAGGUUUUUUGUCAUCUAACUAAAGGGAAUUCUCAGCAAAAUUUGAAAUUACCUUUGUAAUUUGAGUAUUUCUUUGUAUAUAAAUAGCUAACAUUCCUUUUUCACUAAUGGCUCUAAAACAGACUCAAAUCUUUUGACAAAGCUUAAAUGGAUGAGUAUAUGGAAAGCACUGCCUUUUAAGCAAGGUGGACAUGUUGGCAGUCGGUGAUUCUACUGACUUGUGGCUUGUUGGACAGCAUCCAACAUUUACACACUACAAAUGUGAACAGGUAGCAAACAUUACAAUGAAGAGCUUCUGGAUGCCACAGUAGGGUUUUUUUUGUUUAAUCUGUGUAUUCCUGGGACACUUGCGUGCAACAGUGGGAGGGCCAAAAAAUCUAAGAGGUUUUGAUGGACUUUUCACCAUCAAAGAUUAUAUAUGUAUAAAUUAACUCAUUGUCUUCUCUGAGCCCAUCUAUAUGCUCAAAAAGAUUGCAAGAAGUCAUGCUAAAAUUCUUUAACAGCUACUCCUGUAAAAUGUAUAUUUUCUUUUCAAAAUCUAUAUUGUUUGGGGAAAAUGUUAGAUUAGUUGUUAAAAAAGAUUCUGUAAUAAAAUUCUUUAUG